CUCGGCCGUUUUAAAGGGUGACCCUUUCCUGUCCCGGCCUGCGUGGCGUGGGCUUGUGGGUCUUUUGAGACGCGAAAAUUGAGAGCGUUUUCGCACCCCAGGGGCUGCUCCUGGCGGCCCUGCGGCCGUCACCAUGCCACAGAACGAAUAUAUUGAAUUACACCGUAAACGCUAUGGAUACCGUUUGGAUUACCAUGAGAAAAAGAGAAAGAAGGAAAGUCGAGAGGCUCAUGAACGUUCAAAGAAGGCAAAGAAAAUGAUUGGUCUGAAGGCUAAGCUUUACCAUAAACAGCGCCAUGCUGAAAAAAUACAAAUGAAAAAGACUAUCAAGAUGCAUGAAAAGAGAAACACCAAACAAAAGAAUGAUGAAAAGACUCCACAGGGAGCAGUACCUGCCUAUCUGCUGGACAGAGAGGGACAGUCUCGAGCUAAAGUACUUUCCAAUAUGAUUAAACAGAAACGAAAAGAGAAGGCGGGAAAAUGGGAAGUCCCUCUGCCUAAAGUACGUGCCCAGGGAGAAACAGAAGUAUUAAAAGUUAUUCGAACAGGAAAGAGAAAGAAGAAAGCAUGGAAGAGGAUGGUUACUAAAGUGUGCUUUGUUGGAGAUGGCUUUACAAGAAAACCACCUAAAUAUGAAAGAUUUAUCAGGCCAAUGGGCUUGCGGUUCAAGAAAGCCCAUGUAACACAUCCUGAACUGAAAGCCACCUUUUGCCUGCCGAUACUUGGUGUAAAGAAGAAUCCCUCAUCCCCACUGUAUACAACUUUGGGUGUUAUUACCAAAGGUACUGUCAUUGAGGUAAAUGUGAGCGAAUUGGGCCUUGUGACGCAAGGAGGCAAAGUUAUUUGGGGAAAAUAUGCCCAGGUUACCAACAAUCCUGAAAAUGAUGGAUGUAUAAAUGCAGUCUUACUGGUUUGACAGCAAUUUCAUAUAUAAUUAUCGAGGACUACACACCAAUUGAGAAAACUGCCAUUACUGUGAUGUUUCUGAAUACUACCGAACAGCCAUACAUGUCUGCAAUGAAGAGAUUUAUUAAAUUGUAAACGUUAAAAUGGUCCUGUUCUAUAAAUGGUCUUUAUUUUGAAA